CUCUCAGCCCCAGCUCCCGCCCCUUCUCACCGUCCCAGGCGGGACUCCCGGCUCCCGCCCCGCUUCACGGACUCCCAGCACACCCCAAAAGAGGGGGGGGUCCCCAGCUGGUGGGGUGGAGCUGCAGCCUCCAGCCUAGACCUCGGGACUCAACCUGCUCCAGAGCACACACAGCUACCCCGAGCCACCGUCCAGGUCCCUAUCCCAGCCUUGGCAAUGACCCUGGCGGCUUCCUCCCAGCGCUCCCAAAUCAUUCGCUCCAAGUUCCGCUCUGUCCUCCAGCUCCGGAUCCACAGACGGUAUCAGGACCCGACCUUUUCCUCCCGGCCUGGCUGGCUGCCUGAAGGCCUCGCGGGUCCCUUCACCACCUCUCCAGUCUCCGACCCAGAUCCGUGGAUCUCAGCCUCCGGACUGGCUCUGGCCCCCAUCCCAGCCUCGCCCUCCGGCCCCGCCUCCUUCCUCUCCAGUCCUGGGGUCCUGCGCCCUGAGCCCCAACGCUUCCCUUGGAGGCCCCUGAAGAAUGCGACCCCCAAGACCUCCCAACGCUGGAGGGAGGCCGAGCCCCAGGGGAGCCUGACCUACCACCAGUACCUGCCCCCAGAGCCCAGACAAGGGUCCAGGGCAGACUCCCAGGCCCCAGGGCCGGCCGGGGCUGCCCCGGGGCCGCUUCUGUGGACAGAGACAAACGCACAGCAGCCACCUCCUAGGAUGAAGGCCACCUCUCUCCCCGCGGGCUUCCCCGGGGUCUCCAGCCCCGCGCCGCCUCCGCACAAGUUGGAGCUUCAGACCCUUAAAUUGGAGGAGCUGACGGCCAAGCCCAGCCCAGCAUCUCCCCCGCCGCCUCUUUCUCGUACCGUGGGAACCCACGUGCCCGCUCCGGCUCCCGCUCCCGCUCCGGCUCCGGCUCCGGCUCCGGCUCCGGCUGCAGAACCGACCCCUUCCGCAGCUCCAGCUGCAGCACCAGCCGCAGCAGCCCCGACUCUGGAGCAGGAGCUGCAGGAAGCGAUCCGGAGGGCGCAGUUGCUUCCGAACCGGGGCAUCGAUGACAUCCUGGAGGGUCAGGACGAGCCUGCUGACCUGCUGCCCCCUAUCCCCCUGGACUUCCCUGGCUCCUUCGACGUGCUGUCCCCUUCCCCAGACUCUGAAGGCCUCUCCUCUGUCUUCUCUUCCUCGCUCCCGUCCUCCACAAACUCCCCAUCCGCCUCUCCCAGGGGCCCCACGGACUCCUUGGACUGGCUGGAAGCUCUGAGCGGGGGUCCUCCGCUGGGCUGCGGUCCCCCGGCCCCCAGCAUCUUCUCUGCUGAUUUAUCGGACUCCGGUGGCCCCCGGCUGUGGGACCUGCUGGAGGGUCCAUGGUGAUGGAUUCUGGGGUUCCAAGGGACGGAGAACUGGUAGGGACGGGGAGUCACAGAGACAGACUCCCUGAGGGAGGGGUUGGAACAACUGGGAGAGCCCCUCCCACCACAGACCCAGAAUCAGAAGCAACUCUCAUCUCACCUGGGCCCUAAACUGCUGCCGGACACGCCAACCACCUGACUGUCCCUGCCCGACCUCCUAGGCUCGCCUCCAGGGCUGUGUGCUGGGGGCGGGAGCCUCAUUUGCUGCUGGCCGGGCAAACAAGCUGCUUGCUGCUUCCCGCAGACACCUCUCCGAUGUCUUCUUCUCAUCCCGCCAACUGCGUGGCUACCUGUGGCUGGGGCACCUGGAGGGUGCUCUAUGCUCUUGGGGUGCAGAGAGGGGGAGGGAGGAGUGGGGAGGGCGGCUAGGGAGCUAGACCCUUGGCUUCUGUUUGGAGAUGAGAACAUCAGAAGGCGUGUCCCAGGUCAGAUUCUGAGCAGAGCCUGAGGCAACACUCCUGUGUCCACGAUUUCUUAAAGAGGUGCUCCCAGGAGAAACCAAAAAGGAAUGGGUGAGACAGGACAGCGAGGGGGAGAAGACCAACAGGAUGAUGAUGUCAGGUGAAGUCCCCAUCUCGGCCCAAUCCCGGAGGAUGAAUUAAGUUGCAAGGUCAGGCCCCGCUGGUGCAGCUCAGCGGCUGAGUGUCGACCCAGGAACCAAAAGGUCACCGGUUUGAUUCCCGGUCGGGGCACAUGCCCGGUUUUCGGGCUCCC